UAUAAGCAGACUCCAGCCAUUGAGUGUCUCAGACAUCUCUUUCAACACCAUUUUCAUGCCUGCAAGCAAAAAGCUAGAAGUGUAAUGAUAAAAAAACCAACUCGGGUUAUUUAUUUAGUACCCCACCGUUACCAUCUUGUCCUCCACCGAGCAGCAUUCUAAACACUCCUUAGGUGUUUUGUCUUGGUCACCUCUUCACUCCUGAUUCCUGAAACUAUGUGCUCUUCAUCAUGGAAAGCCAUGGCAAUUGCUGUGCUAUUACUGCAGCUGUGCUUUUUCAUGGAGGUUGAAUCUUCUGUAGCUCACUCUGACAAAAUUGUUAGGCUUCCAGGGCAACCCCGUGUGGGCUUUCAACAGUUCUCGGGAUAUGUUACUGUGGACGACAAGAAGCAUAAAGCCCUUUUCUACUACUUUGUGGAAGCAGAAAUAGAUCCAGCUUCAAAGCCUUUAGUCCUUUGGUUGAAUGGAGGGCCUGGUUGUUCUUCACUUGGAGUAGGGGCGUUCUCUGAAAAUGGGCCUUUCAGACCAAAUGGAGAGGUUCUUGUUAUAAAUGAUUACAGCUGGAACAAAGAAGCUAAUAUGUUAUACUUAGAGACACCAAUUGGAGUGGGGUUCUCUUAUUCCACUAACAGCUCCUCCUAUGUAGCAGUGGAUGAUGAGACCACUGCCAGGGACAAUCUUGUAUUCUUGCAACGUUGGUACAACAAAUUUCCAAAUUACAGGAAGAGGGCUUUGUUUAUAACAGGAGAAAGCUAUGCAGGCCAUUAUAUUCCUCAACUUGCAAAGCUUAUGGUUGAAUUCAACAAAAAGAAGAAUCUGUUCAAUUUGAAGGGAAUCGCUCUAGGUAAUCCCGUUCUCGAAUUUGCCACUGACUUCAAUUCAAGGGCUGAAUAUUUCUGGUCCCAUGGAUUAAUAUCAGACUCAACCUACAAAAUGUUCACCUCUCUCUGCAACUAUUCUCGAUAUGUCAGUGAGUACUACAGAGACUCCCUUUCACCUUCUUGUUUAAGGGUGAUGAACCAAGUAAGCAGAGAAACCAGUAAAUUUGUGGACAAAUAUGAUGUUACUCUUGAUGUCUGCAUAUCAUCGGUGCUCUCACAAUCAAUGAUUAUAAAUCCACAGGUAACUCCUAAAAUCUUCUGGUUUACCUCGCAGCAAGUAUCUGAAAGGAUAGACGUAUGUGUCGAAGACAAAAUUGUGAAUUAUCUAAACCGGAAAGAUGUCCAGAAAGCUCUUCAUGCUCGGCUUGUUGGAGUUCGCAGAUGGGAUGUCUGCAGCAACAUUCUGGAUUAUCAGCUGCUCAACCUGGAGAUCCCUACAAUAUCUAUUGUUGGUUCACUAAUCAAGGCUGGAAUCCCGGUCUUGGUUUAUAGUGGAGAUCAGGAUUCUGUUAUCCCAUUGACUGGCAGCCGCACCCUGGUAGGAGGGCUGGCAAAGGAGUUAGGAUUGGAAACAACUAUAACUUACAGAGUAUGGUUUGAGGGGAAGCAGGUUGGUGGGUGGACUCUAGUUUAUGGUAACAUCCUCUCAUUUGCCACAAUCAGAGGCGCUUCUCAUGAAGCUCCUUUCUCACAACCUGAGAGAUCACUCAGGUUAUUCAAGUCAUUCCUUGAAGGGAAGCCUCUCCCAGGAGUUCUCUGAAUCAAUGUUCGUAUUCAU